CGGAGACUUCAAAGCGACUGAUGCUGUGACCUCAUAGAACACACAUCAUAACGCAGCACUCUGAAACGCAUAUAGGCAGGUGUUAGUAGCAGGCACUAUCAUUCAGUCCAGUCAAUGCACCGGAACCAGACACACGAGGUCGCCCAGAUGACUGCACCGUCCAGCUAAUGUGCAACAUGGCCGCUCAGAUGGUGAAGCUCUGCACGAACUCUGUCAAAACCCCACUGGUGCAAUAUAAAAUCCCACAAGAACGAUCCAUCGACAGGCUCUUCAGCCAACUGGAGGUGUGCAUCGGCUGUCUUGCUUCCGCUGUCUUCAUGGAAUGGGAUCAGAGAGCUGAAGAAGGCUUUAUAAAAGAUCUUUUCCGGGUGUCGUGUGGGAGAUUCGCCCACUGCACGUCCUGCACCCAGCAGGAAAUUCAGGUACAGGAAAUUCAGACAGACAAUUGUUCUGUCCCACACAGAGAACAACCAGACAAAGAUCUGGAGUCCUCGCUGUCUGUGGAACUGUCACAAAUGCCAAAACUAGAAGAAGCCUCAGAGGUAGAAACAGAGCCUGAAGAAGCAGCUGUGGCCUCUGAGGAGCAGAAACCCUCUGCGUCACCUCGAGGUGAACCAGAGGGAAAAAGGCUCCUCAGCACACUCCUUCAAGCUGUGCUUUCCCAGGCUGCAAAAGAAUCCAAAGCCUGCCCCUUAGACUCCCUCCACCAGCACCUGUUAGAUCAAAUCUGCUCUGAAAUAAAAACAGCAGAUUUGACUUUAUCACCAAAGGCCCUACAAGACCUUGCAAAGGACAUUUUCAAAGACCUCUGCAAGGAAAUUCCAUUGAAUUUAAGAGAGCCGACACUGGACAAACUUUUCAUCUCUGUGUUUAAGAAACACCUGGCAUCUACAGAGAAACUUGUCCGAGAGUCUUCUGAAAUCAAGGCUCAGAAGCAGCUUUCAGUUGAUUUUGCAGAAAGCACAAGCACAGACACAGUCGUUCACACUGCUGCAGCUAAGCACAGUAAAAUGUACUCAGACAACAUCAACGCAGCCACUGUGGGCCCAGAUGACUGCACCGUCCAGCUGCUGGGCAACAUGGCCGCUCAGAUGGUGCAUCUGUGCCAUGGCUGA